CAUCAAGCCAACACCUGCUGUACUGACACCGACCAAAGCCAACAAUGCUAACCGACUCAACGCCCAUGCUCCCUAUGUCGCAAACUGCUCUAAUUCAGGACGACAAUGGCGCCCCAAGAUUGGCUGUCGACGUACCUCUCCCAUCACUCAAAGCCGGAACAGUCAUAGUCAAGACGGUGGCAAUAGCGCUUAACCCGAGCGAUUACAAGAUGGGGGCGGCCUUCCCUACGCCCGGUGCUAUCAUAGGCAUGGACUUCUCAGGUAUCGUAGCAUCGAUCCACCCGGACACCAAGACAGUACUCCACAUUGGCGACCAAGUGUGUGGCAUGGUUCAUGGCUCGAACCCUAGCGACCCCACCAACGGGGCGUUCGCAGAGUAUAUACGGGUACGCCCCGAACUGCUCCUCCGGGUACCACGGGAUCUAUCUAUGGAACAGGCCGCGACUCUGGGGGUGGGUUUGAUGACAAACGUCAUGGCCUUAUGGGCGGGGGAUGCGCUGGCCCUCGAGUCAGUACCUGCCACUCCAGAUUCACCUGCAGAGAAGCCUUUCCCGGUGCUGGUAUACGGCGGAAGCACGGCGACAGGUACGCUGGCCACCCAGCUUCUGCGGCUGUCCGGGCUGGAACCCAUUGUGACGUGCAGCCCGCGUAACUUCGACCUCGUCCGCGCCCGUGGCGUUGCCGACGGUGAAGCGGUAGACUACAUGCGGCCUGACGUGGCCGACGAGAUCAAGAAGCGCACCCACGGCAAGCUGAAGCAUGCCUACGAUUGCAUCACCGACCCGGCGUCGGUUGCGCACUGCUACGCGGCGCUUGGCCGGACAGGGGGCAAAUAUAUCUCGCUGGAGAUGGUUGAGGAAAAGUUGCGCACUCGCCGGGUGGUGCGGCACAAGUUCGUCCUGGGCUAUGAAGGUUUGGGUGAAGACGUGUUGCUUUCCAGAGGCUACGAGAGCUCGGCAGAUGCGGAAAAGCUUGCUCUCGCAGUGAAGUACUUCGCUGUCUUCCAGCGGCUCCUGGAUCAAGGGAAGCUGAAGACACAUCCGACACAGAAGCUAGAAGGCGGACUUUCGGGCGUUUUGCAAGGUUUGCAAUUGUUGAACUCAGGGUCCGUGUCUGGAAACAAACUGGUAGUGACUAUAUAAUCCAAUAGGGAGAGGACCAUGUUUCUUGAUGUACUCAGUAGCCGUAACAUCGAGAUCUCCCCGAGGGUCGCACCCGGGGCGAGGUUUCCGAUUCCGGCCGUCGAGAUGUAGUGGAAUGGGAUCAUCCUCGGCAUUCUCCACUCGACGAGAUCUUUGGUUGUUUGGAAGUUGGACUGUCGCAUCGACUGAUAUGUCUUGAUGUAAGAGACGUCCGCGCCGUUGUAGAUAACUACAUGUGCCCGGCCGAAUAGAUGGUCAAUGACGGAC